AUGAAAAUAUUAAAGUUGUCUGCUAAAAGUGAAGAAAUAAAGGAAAUUCAAGCUAUAGCCAACAGCAAGUCUGUCGGGUAUUUUCUCUUUCCAGGAAUGGAUAUUGUGCCAAAAGAAACUUUUUGGCAAUUACAAUUAAAUGAUAAUGAAGUAGAGAAAAUAUUAAAUAAUGGAGUGAAUGUACUUUGUGGAACUUUGAAAUCAACAAUUUAUUUGCCUGGUAAAUUGAGUGGAGAUGAAGCAAUUUAUCUUAUUAAACAAUGGAAAGAGAUGAACGGAGAAGGUAACUUAUAA